CAGAGGAUCAUGAGAAAAUCCAGGAUAAGUCGAGAUCGUGAUACGAUCAACAGGAGAGAAUACGUAGAGUUUGAACAAUUAUUGUGGAAACAGAAAGCGAAACACGCGGUUGCUUGUUUAAAUGGACUUUGGGUUGCAACGUAAAAGGUUUUAUGAAUUCAACAGCAUCAUCUGAUGUAGUGAAUCUUGUGAAGAAUUGGAAGCGGAACCCGUGAAGGACUUGAAACACAAAUCAGCUGAACUGAUGGAAACACAAAUCAGCUUAUGGAAUACGGUUUUAGGAUUGAAUUGUGCCCGUAAUAAUAAAGCUAUGACACAAAAAAUGACAUUAUUUAGUCAAAGAGUUUAAAACGUCUUGUAUCAUUCGAAAUAAUUAUUGAAUGACAUAAAUAAUAAUAUAGUAAUCGUCUAGACUGCAGAAUAAAUUGUGUCAACGUAAAUGUGUCAUUAAUCGGUUAGUUUAGAUGAAUAAAUAAAUAUUAUUCAUAAUUUAAAAAUAAUAUAUGCAAAUGUCUACUUAACAGAUUGAGUAUCGGAGGAAUAAAGUACAGCGCCUUAUAAAAUAAAUGAUUAUUGUAUUCGCAAAACAAUUAUUGCGAUAAUGUAACACAAUAACUCAUUAAUAGUGCCGAAAAAGCUUUAGAACAUCCUACAAAAAGACAAUUAAGACAAACACUUUCAUAGCUGAAUCAUCAAAGGUUGAAUAAACGACGGCCAAAGAAGUAACGAAUGGAUGAAUUGAAUAGGGCAGCGGACUACGGUCUACACGCGGCCAAAGAAUGUUUUCAAAUGUUGAAAUACUCAGAAGGGCUCGUGAGACGUGACAUUGACCUCGCUAGGAUCCAGCUUGAAAUAAGGUUAAAGAAGCUGGAAGCACGAUUACAAGCAGAGUUGCGGGAUUUGGUAGAAACCGAAACAUUUAAAAUUGAAGAAGUGAUUGCGGAUAUUAACGACACAUUGCAAAGUGCAAGAGAUAUCAGUGGUGGUAAACAAUACCAACAUCACAUUCAACGUCAUACGCAAAGACUAAAGAAGGUUCGUCUGAAGUUUGAACAAAACCUCACCCUGUCCACACUUCUGGAUAACGUGAAUAGCAUAGGAUACAUUUCAUUCGUUCCAAUUUGUGUGGAAGAUAGGAACGGUGAUGUAUGGGAAAACAGCGCACAAGAUACUGAUGGACCUGACUCUAAACGAAACGCUGACAUACAGUUACAGAAAGAUGACCAUAGAGCGAGGAAUGGAAUAGAAAGUAAACAUACAAAUGGCUUUUCAGACCAUUCUUCGGACACAACAGACACUGAUACAAAACAAGAAGACAUAAAUUGCGUUACAAAAAACUCCAAGUCUUUAGAAGUUGCAAAUAUUACAAAUAAACCUGUACGAUCUAGCCCAGAGGGCUCAAAUUGUGACUUGGAGUCCAAAAACGACACGGCUGUUCAUAAUGUAGGUGAAGUCGAUGAUGAAAUUUCUAUUCCGUUCGAACCUUCUGCAGCAUCAAAUACAUGUUCUGACAACACUCAACAGAUCUUCAAUGGAUCUACAAAUACGAACAAUUCAACUAAAGGAAAAACCGACUUUGUGUUUAAUACAAAAUCUAUUCACCAAUAUGCAACCAACCAAACAAUGUCGUCUAAAAAUACGUCAGGAAAUACGACAACUGACAUGGACAAAUUGCUGGCAGAUUUGAAAGCUACGGACCAGAUUUUGUCACCUCAAAAUAAACCAAUAUAUGUUCUAGGUCUGUCAAGUGAACACAAUAGAUCAAUUAUACAUUCUAAGGUUCCAGUAGCGCAACCAAAAAGCCCAGUGUCACGCAGAAGGACAAAUGUAGGUGCGUCGUCAAUUAGGAAAGACGCGCCAGACAUAGGCAUUUUUAGCAAUACUUGUGAAGAAAAUGUUGAUAGGGAAUAUGCCAGCAAAGUCUUAACAGAGGAUUUCGAUCGUGAGAUAGAUGCAACUGUCACUAGUUUGGAACGAGUUGCAAAGGCAAAUGAAUUAUGGUUUGGGAAGGUAAGGUCAAGACAAAGUAGGAUAAAAUCAUAUGAUGACCACAAGACGUUUAGGGUAAGAUCCCGAAGUGCUGAUUCUAGAGUAAAUGACGAUAAUGUUGAAGAAAAAUACAAUCGCAGUUGUGAUUUCCAAAGUUCUCAAAACAAGACAAACAAAACUACAUCGUCAGGUUUUGAAUCCAAUACGGGGAGACAAAACACUGCACGUGAGUAUUCAGGUGGUACAAAUGAAAUCUCGAGAGAAAUAAGUCAGUUACCGAUUGCAAAUUCAAAAUGCAAAUACAGUGUACAGACAAAGAGUAUAAAUGAAUCAGACAAUGUCAUCGCAGAAAACUCUAGAACGUCCGAAAGGCCUAAUCGCGAUCGAAGAAUCAUAAUCAGUAACAGUGUCCACACUAGGGAGGUAAAGAGAGAUAUUAAGGAUAAGCGUCGAAGGAAUCGAACAAUAUCUGGGGAUGUUUCUUCCAUUCUUCAUGCUGCUCGAUCGCCCAGUAUUGACAAUAGCAAAAGCUACAGCAGCGAAUUAUCGAAACCGAUCGACGCAGAACAUUCAUCAAAGUUUGGUUCAUUAAACAGAUCGCAACGCAAGCCUUCCGGGGCAAGUGAAAUAUUGAAAACGUCCAGAAGCCGAACUGCAAGUGACUUGUUAUAUGACCUUCAGAAAUGAAAAAAGAAACUAUUUUGUCGUGCUUUACGGAUGAGCUUUUUACUGUUAUUUUGCAUGACUCCCUUGAUGUAUUGAUGAUCUUAUGUCAACAUAUUUACGUAUAAAUAAAAUGGUUUGUAUUUGA